GCCGCCUUCGCGCACAGCGGCGGCGAGCGGAACAUGGCGACGGCGCGGCCCGCGCUGCUCCGACUGCUGCUGCUGCUGCUGCCCCUGCUGCUGCUCCUGCUGUUGCUGCUCCAUUGCGCGGCGGGGCUCUCGGAGAGUGCGCAGGCCGGUUCGGGGCCCUGGGCCCUCGGAGACGUAGCGGUGGACGGCAGGCCGCGCUUCGUGGGCGUGCGGCUGGAGGACAAGGGCCAGGGCGCCUAUGUGCAGGACGGCAUCAUCAAGGUGCAGGAGCGGAGCCGCGCGCGGCUGCGUCUCUUCGUCUACCGCAACGGCAGCGGCGACGGCGACGGGGGAGGCGGCGGUGGGGAGCCGUGGCCGCCGCCCGCAGAAUGGCUGGCCUUCGCCGACGCCGAGCAGGUGCAGCAAGGCCCGGGGCCCGAGGCAUGUCCUCGCAGCUCGGACAUCACGUACGUGGGCUAUCUCGCGCGCAACGAGUACUCGGUGGUGGUCGAGGUGGACGUGAAAUCUCUGCGCAAGAGCGAGACGGAGCGAUUGUUCUACCUUUGCACGAAAGGCAUCGCCGGUCCCGCGGGGCUGGAGACGGGAGACAACUGGGUGGCGCACAUGGGAAACGACAGUCGCAUCGCCAUGGUGGAGGAGAGGACGUCCAUGCUGCCGCGCUGGCUGCAGAUCCUGUUCAUCGGCGUGCUGCUCUGCCUGUCGGGGAUGUUCAGCGGCCUCAACCUGGGCCUCAUGGCGCUCGAUCCGAUGGAGCUGCGCAUCGUGCAGAACUGCGGCACGGCCAAGGAGAAGGCUUACGCCAAGAAGAUCGAGCCCAUCCGCCGACAGGGAAACUACCUGCUCUGCUCGCUGCUCCUGGGCAACGUGCUGGUGAACACGACGCUCACCAUCCUCCUGGACGACCUCAUCGGCUCCGGGGUGGUGGCCGUCAUCGCGUCCACCGUGGGCAUCGUCAUCUUCGGCGAGAUCGUGCCGCAGGCGCUCUGCUCCCGCCACGGCCUGGCCGUGGGCGCCAACACCAUCGUGCUCACCAAGCUCUUCAUGAUCCUCACCUUCCCCGCGUCCUUCCCCAUCAGCAAGCUGCUGGACGUGGUGCUGGGCCAGGAGAUCGGCACCGUCUACAACCGCGAGAAGCUCCUGGAGAUGCUGAGAGUCACGGACCCCUACAACGACCUGGUGAAGGAGGAGCUGAACAUCAUCCAGGGCGCCCUGGAGCUGCGCGUCAAGACCGUGGAGGACGUGAUGACGCCGCUCAAAGACUGCUUCAUGCUGAGCGCCGACGCCGUGCUCGACUUCGGCACCAUGUCCGAGAUCAUGCAGAGCGGCUACACGCGCAUCCCCGUGUACGAGGACGAGCUGAGCAACGUGGUGGACCUGCUCUUCGUCAAGGACCUCGCCUUCGUCGACCCCGACGACUGCACCCCGCUCAAGACCAUCACCAAGUUCUACAACCACCCGCUGCAUUUCGUCUUCAACGACACCAAGCUGGACGCCAUGCUGGAGGAGUUCAAGAAAGGCAAGUCUCACCUGGCCAUCGUCCAACGAGUGAAUAAUGAGGGGGAAGGCGACCCCUUCUACGAGGUGCUGGGCAUUGUUACCUUGGAGGACGUUAUCGAGGAGAUCAUCAAAUCCGAAAUCCUGGAUGAAACCGACAUGUACACUGACAACAAGUCCAAGAAGAAGGUUCUGCACAGAGAGCGCAAACAGGACUACUCUGCGUUCAAACCGUCGGAAAGCCAAACGAAGAUUAAGAUUUCUCCUCAGCUGCUGCUCGCCACUCACCGCUUCCUUGCUGCAGAGCUUGAGCCUUUCAAGCCGGCGCAGGUAUCGGAGAAAAUCCUCCUGCGGCUUCUCAAGCAUCCGAACGUGUUUCAGGAGAUCAAGUUUGACGAGAAGAACCGCAAGGCUCCAGAACACUACCUCUAUCAGCACAACAAGCCAGUCGACUACUUCAUUCUGGUGCUGCAGGGCAAAGUGGAGGUGGAGGUCGGCAAGGAAGGAAUGAAGUUCGAGAGCGGGGCCUUCUCAUAUUUUGGGAUCCCCAUCCUCACCUCAUCUCCGCCUACAGGUUUAGAGAUGCUGAGGUUGAGGAAAUGGUCAUCGGGGACCUUCUGGUUGCCCUACUCGCUCUCCCGAACCCUGGUCCUCAGCCGGGCCGAGUCGCUUGCCGGCUCCCCAGUAGUGGAACAAUGUGGAGUGAAUCCAUCGCCAUCGCACAGCUUGGCCCUGAACCGCUCGGACUCCCUGAACCGCACGGAGCCGACGGGCGGCAGCAACAACCAGCUCAACAUCCCGCUGCUGCAGCCCUACGUGCCCGACUAUUGUGUGCACGCCGUCACCGACCUGCAGUACGUGAAGAUCACGCGGCAGCAGUACUGGAACGCGAUGGCGGCCUCCAAGCUGGACAGCUCUCCCCACUCCCCGGACACGGGGGACGGCAGCCCGCCAACGUCCGCGCGCGAGCUGUCCAACUCUGUGCACAACGAGACGGCCCACCUGCUCAACGAGCACAACUGUGUGGCGCAAGGUAAACAGGCCAGCCCCGACGGCCACACUGAUGUGUUGAUCGCCAUUCCUGAAGAGUUCAACAGAAAGGACGGCGUCGGCAGAGGGGCCGCUGAGAGUGGCGGCGGCGGUGACGGCGGCAGUGGUCGGGCUGGUAGUGUGGUGCGGAGUGGAGGCCGGGCCGGGGCAGUGGCGGACACAGAAAAGUCUCCCUUGGACGAGGAAGGCCACGAGUCGAUGGGGAAGAAGCUGAUGCGCCAUCUGAGUGGCAGGAGGAGUAAGAAGAGCCGCGAGCGGGAGGAGUGGCUCCAAUCCGAGGCAUUUUAGGCUGCCGCCCGUCACCACUCGCCGCUCCCAGAGCGGUCCCGAGUGUGGCGCGUCGCUCGGCUUGGUCACUUCUACAGAGGCCGCUCCGCUGCAUGGGAGUCAUCACAGCAGAGGGAGAGAAUCUGUAUGCAGCGGGAAACUCAGUGGUGCCACCCUCUGAUUAAGGGACAUUGCGAACAAUCACUCGCUUAUUGUUAAUUGCGGAUAAUUCUCAUUCUGAUUGGAAAUGGAAAGAACCGACGAGUGCACACGUACAGACGCACACUCUUACACAGUUGCACAUUACCACGCACGCAUUCAACCACGUCUAAACUGGUGCCAGUGCAGCUUAAGUGGGUGAUGGUGUAGCUCAGUGAUUCCCGUAUGGUUGCUGUAGCUGGCUCUUGGUAGCUAUAAUUGUUGGUUGCUAUGUGUAUCCUGCAUUACUGCACAAGAUUGACAUAACAAGGCUGGCCUACAUAAUUGUAUAUGCUUCAGCUCUUGGGGUCAAAUUAAAAUAAAUGAAUGUAAAAUCAUUGGCAGAGUGCAUGUGUACAAAACAGAAUUCCCUUUAAUGCAAGCAGCCACCCGCACGCUCCUAGAGUUGGGAAAACUUGAGGACAGAAGAGAUAGUGAGGCUUUAUCGGCUUUGGUGAACUUGUUGUGUGUGUGUGUAGCUAUACACGCGUACACACAGUAGCACACGCAGUGCAUUUACUGCUGGUGUACAUAUAGGAUAUAUUCUUUACCUUAACGUAGUACGUUUGUGUAUAUAAUGCAUGUGUGCACAUAUACACUUAGCGCGUGUAUGUGUGGGGAGGUCAAAUGACACACACAGCGGCAAUAUUGUGGACGUUCGCCAUUUGAAGAAUAUUUGGUUUUUAUCACCGGUGGCCGCAAGGGCUGAGGUGUGGGGGGGCUGUGGCGGGGGGGAAGGACGGACGCGUCGGUGCCGCCGCCGCCCUCGGCUUGCCAGAUGUUUUGCCUUUUUUUAAAAAUUAUCGCUCCACGCUGUAGAAAUCUUCAACCAAAAUGAUUACAUUUGUCACCCGUGUUUUUAAAACGUUUAAGCGGAUGCUGUGAGUGAGUUUGUCAGGUUCCCGUUGAACACGCUUGCCUGCGCCGGAGCCGCCACAGCCCGGGCGGCCGUUCGGGAGCGCAGCAGUUUGUGUGCGGCGUGGAGCUCUGCGCGUCUUGAGGAUGGUGAACCCUGAAACCCGGUGCCUUGCCUGGACCGGUCUCCACGUUGUUUCCAAGUGGAGCCCAGCGGGCAUGCCGGAUCACGGCCACGCCUGCCGAGUGUCGCUGGGAGCGUUCGCUCGUCGUCACCGAGACGGUUAACGGGGAUUUGCCACCCCCUGCGAGAUCCCUGGGAGUCGGCUGGGGUUGGGGGGGGGCUCUAGGCACGUGCAGGGCUCCACUUUCUGUGCGUGUUUGUUUUGGGGCUUGGCAUUGCCAGCCUCAGGUUUUUGUGCCACGGCAAAGGCAGCUGCUGUGUGAUGUUAAACCGCAGAAAACGCGACCCGGCAGCCUGGGCCGGGCGGUCGAGAGUUGCUACCAUGUGCAGCUAAGCACACAAGGCCGGACCGUCAUGGUACUAGACUUUGACAUGUCCUUAUAUCCAGUCCAAACGCCUUUAUUGUGUUGACUUUGCAAAUCGCAAUACACGUGUGUAUAUAUGUGCACUGUAUGUGUACUUAUGCAUGUGCAUGUGUUUUGCAUGUACAUGUUGCACAUGGAAUCAUUCUCUUGAUGGUACAUUUCCAUUGAUCAUACGGGCCCUGUGCAGGAGACAGUGCCGCAGAUUUAUAUUCGUAACCCUUAUUUAAGGAUCAAUAUUUUAAAACGUUGCGGUCUUAUGCAAUCUUGUACUUCAGUCUAUUUGGGAAAUGUGCGCAGUCUUCGGAUGUCCGGCUGGUCCGACUGAACGCCGUGUGGGCCGAUGCCAGGGACCUGUCUGUGUGAUAAUCCACCAAGGCCGACCGCAGUCGACUCAGGAACCCCCCUCUCCAUCCUCACAUCCCUGCUCGCGGACUCGGCCCCACGCCCCAUACCAGAGGGCUCCUAUGGGAACAGAUUGGCGAGUGCAGGUCCGCUCCAGCAAUAUGAUUGUGUGACGCUGCUUCACGGGAGCCCUAAAUAGUGUUCUGUGGUGUAUAGGAGGCCCUUAAAACGUAACGUGGCAUUGUCACAGUUGGGCUGCUGUCUACACACAAGUGUUGUUAUGUUGUGGGGUGUCUCAGCGCAGCAAGACUGUACAGUGUUAUCUUGUGUCUGGAGUGCCAUGAAGUAUUAUGUCAUGUGUCCGGGUUCCUAAACACAACACGGUGAUGGCAAAUACACCACCACCGAGUGAUGUGAUGACGAUUUAUUUACACAUCUCGUUGUCAAACCACCUGCCGCGUCAACUUUCCAUGGUGAUCGUGGGGGGGGUUGUUUCAUUAGACUUCACCAUGAUGGCCAUUGCGAGUUGAAGUGAUGGGGCGCCCAAGACCAGUUCAGAUAUCACUCGUCACCUGAUGUUAGCCAUGGCUGGCAAUUCAACUCGGGUCACUAGAUUCAGUGCAGUGGUGUGAACCAGUGCUGCAUUGUACCACGUGUGGUGUAUGGGUCAAAGGACGUGAUGCCAUGCUGUUUUUGUGUCACGCUCAUCUCAACGGAAUAAAGAGUAACAUCUGAAGCACUU